AUGAAUGCUAUGGAGAUCAACACCUUCGUCGUGCAGCUCCCCACGUACAUGCGUGACGCAAAUAAGGCGCUUUUCGAGCCUAGAGUCGUCUCCAUCGGGCCCUAUCACCACGGUCACAGGAGCACCGGCAACAUGGAAGUUCACAAGGAUCGCUUCCGCCGUAGCUUCUUGCAACGCCUGGGCAACGUGAGCCACCAAGAUGCCAUUGAUCGCUGCAUCGAAGGCGCUCUCCAGUGCUACAGCGGGAGCAUUGGCAUGUACACCGCGGAGAUGCUCACGCGCGACGGGUGCUUCGUCGUCGAGCUCCUCCUCCGCUGGAACGAGGGACGCGAGGCCCAUGUCGACAAUCACAUUCGGUUGAUGUCCAACUGCAUAUACUACGACCUCCUCCUGGUCGAUAACCAGAUACCUUUCUUCGUUCUCGACAGGCUCUUUAAUGAAUUCUUGAAGCACGUCAAUGGACAUCCCAUCUUCAACCGUGAGUCCAACCUGGUCAACCUCUUCAUCAGAUUCUUCAACAACGCGGGCCAAUUCUCGUGGGCUAAUUUAGAGGUGCUGAAUCUACCACACGCGGAUGAUCAACCGAUUCGCCACUUGCUUGAUCUUCAGUACAGGCUUGUCAUCAGCAACAACAUGGGGAUUGGCGAGCAAGGUCGUUGCAACAAUUGUUCGUUUAGCCUAUGCAUCGACGUCUGUCCCGUGGCGACCAUGGCACGAGGAAUCCCCGGUGCAAAUGAGCUGGAAGACAACGGUGUUAGGUUCCAUGUGAAGGAGUUGGAUCAGCAUGUCAAAUUGUUCGACGUGACGUUUCGGGACAAAACCAUAGGGAUCCCCCGCUUUGAGAUCAACUUCGGGUCCAAGAUCCUACUGGCAAACCUCUUCGCUCACGAGCAAGCCAACGGCGGCGGCAAUGGCGCCGGCGUCGUCGUCGUCGGAGCUGUGACGAGCUACGUGGUGCUGAUGAACGCGCUCAUCAACAGCAGGGAGGACGUGGUGGUUCUCCAGCGGAAGCGCAUCGUGGACAACCUGCUGUCGAACGAGGAAGAGGUGGCCUCCUUCUUCAACGAGCUCGGCCGGUGCGCCCUGGUGGACGUCACCAACCACCGCUACACCGCCAUGUUCAGAGAUGUGAACAGCUACCUGAGGAACAGGCUCAAUUGCUGCAAGUACUGCGCCAUCUUCUCCCUGAAACACUGCAAGAACCCGCUGACUUGCCUCUCGCUGCUGGGCGCAAUUAUGCUCUUAAUCUUUUCGUGCACCUCCAUGAUCUUCGCCAUCCUCAAGUACGCACGUGGCUAG